AGGCAAUAUGAGCACCCUCGCAGCCAUGAACUCACAAACUUCGUUUCUAGACUUGCCGCGAGAGGUACGCGACAUAGUCUAUGACUACGCCCUCCAAGACGUCAAGUUCAGCAACGCCUUUACAACUCAAACCGCUUAUUCCCCUAAUACCCUUCCCUUACUCUACGUCCAUAAAAUCAUAUCAGAUGAUCUUCAGCCUCGCCUUUAUCAAAACCACGCUAUUGUUAUUCCGCUUCAAGAACCUAGCACUUAUGCAACUGGUGAAUGGAGUAUAGUUCCCAGGAUUGCCUGCUCCAAGAUGAUGAAGCAACGCUCCAAGACCCUCAUCAUUGAAAUGUCCCAGACGACUAUCUCCUACUAUCCUGAUUCAGACCUGGAAGAAGAUUAUGAUGAAGAUCCCGUUGAGGUUGAGCUCUUUUGGGACGAUCUUGACAGUCGAGGUGCAAAGGCAUUACCCCAGAAGCUCAUCAACGAUAUUCUCGCUCUGAAACAACGUCUCCCAGCCCUCAGAACCAUCAAGUUUGUCUUCUGGUUCGGGAAAUGGACAGCGUGGUGCAGUGUUUGGGAGAAGCAUCUCGAGAAGCUCAGGGCGAUUUGGCCAGAGCCGUUGCUGAAGUUCGAGUUGAAUCUGUUUGAGUAUGUGGACGACCAGGUUGCGGACGGCGGAUGGAACUGGAUCGAGGAAUGGUAUUACUGGGCGAUAGAGAGAAAGAGGAUCUGGUUUCAGGCGAACAACUUCAAGUGGAAAGACCAUGCCAAGGGGGAUUUUCGAGGUCGUAGGAUUGAUGUUCGGGUGUGGCAGGAUGAAGAGUUUAUGGAUUGGGAUGAGGACGAAGCUGAUAGAGCUCUUCACAAGAGGCGCUGCGAGGUGAAGCCUUUGUUUGUUAGGACAUGCGACAUGGAAGGACGAGUGUGAAGGUUCGAGACACAUGGAGAUAAUAUCAUAUGUGUCCACACGAAUAUUUCGUCAAUCAUGUUCAUUGUAACUACAGUCUAAACAUCGCUGCGCUCUAGUGAUCCUCCUUCGACAUCUAUGCGAGGUUGUACUCAGCAAUGAGCUUCUCAGCAGCCGUAAUACCAGUCACGUACGCAACAGACUGAAUAUGACAGCUCGCCAGAACAGGAACGACACCCAUAUCCGCAAUACGAAGACCCUCAAAGCCAAUGACCUUGAAGUCACUAUCAACAACAGCAUCGGGAUCUCCCUUCUUACCCAUCUUGGUAGUACCAGUCAUAUGCCAACUCGAAGAAAUAGUAUUCUUCCAGUGCUCCAAAAGCUCAUCAUCUGAAUCACCCUGCGGUCCUGCAAGCAUAGCCACGUUAUCUUUCGCAUAGCCAUCAUGCUUCACGAGCC